AUGCUCUCAGGAACGCGCACUUCCAUCGAAUCACCAUGGCGGUUCGUGCUGGGUUGUCUCUCAACGCGGACCGGCAGCGUCGAUCCGGCUCCGCGGGUGAAGAUGCUGGAUACCGUCCUCUUGGACGGCACCGGAGGGGGGCAGGCGGAAAUUUUUUUCUUCACGGCCGCUGACGGAACCGUACGGCGCAAGGGCGAACGCUUUUUGAGCCUCAAGGCGAUCGAGAAAGAGCUCAGGUCUCGCGCAACCACCUUCAACAAGAAUGCCGGUCAUGGCAGUGGUCCUGGAGACUCCACGCUUCAAACGGCGGAACAAGUGAUCGCCAUGGCACGGAGGAAGACUGGGGAAUACUUCCCCAUUACGUCCAAAAUGCUCCAUACCAUCGUCAAGGGCGGCGUUGUUCCGGCCGACUUUGAUUGUAUUUACCCCUUCAAGGGAGCUAAGGACUUCGACAUCACCGCCGAGUUCGCCAACUACCAGCACCAGUACAUACUCGAUGAUACCGGGGGUGGGGUCUCGACUGGCACCACACACAGGCGCGUUGCCUUGGAAACCUCCGGCAGCAAACAGGGCCAGGGCGCCGGCGCCGGCGCGCAGCGCCAGAACCUCCUGCUGAGCAAAAACGCGAGAAUCAAUACAGAGGUGGUAGCCACGGUAAGGUCCGUGGUGAUUGCCAUCGAGCGAUCGAAGCUCUGCCGUGUGCUGCGCCUCGACACCGAGUUUGUUUUGGACGGAAACGAUGAGUUGUGGCUGGUCGGGGUUACCUGCUGCACGGUCGCGGCAAGAUCCACGAUUUCUGGCGCGCAGCAACUAGGCGACAACGGCCCACAAGGGGCGAGUUUCUUGAAAGAGGAGGAGCGCACACUUGCCACAGAGUUGCGCCACAGGAAACACGAGGCCGACCAGAUCUCUGGCGUUUUAGGGGAUGAAAAGUUUUCUCAACUACUGCGGAGUGUUGGGUAUCACUUCCCAGAGAAGAGCCGAGCGGUCGCCCGCCGCCGCCGCCACCGUCCGCGUCCAAUUGUUGACUCAACCAGUCGAAGCAGCACCAUCCCCCGGAAUGACAACGAUGAAUACCGAGCUCGAGAAACAGACGGCGAUUCGGUGGCCUUGUCGCAGCGGGUGCUGCCCAACACCGGGACUCGGUCGCAAAGGACCGGAAGCCGGGAAGCUGUCCAUGCAGGCAUGGCGUCCUCCGAUUGGGCUGAUCCGGGUCCUGGAGAAGGCUCUGCAACAAGCGAUUUCGGCGACAAAGAUGGCGGCAGCGGUGCAGCAAGUCGGUCUCCUUCCCCUCCGCGGUCUACCGAGCACUUCGACUCGUCCGUCGCCAAGCUGGACCAGGCUGCAACCAAUCGGAUUUACGGCAGUACUCAGCUUGAGGGUUGCAGGGGUGACUUCUGCGACUUCGACGUCGGAAAGCGGGUCCGAGAAGAGGAGAAUCACCGGCGUUUUGCCGAAAAGGCGGCUAGGGCGGCAGGAGCCCCAAACGGACUAGUCGAGAGCCUCUCCACCCUCCGACGGAAGAUCCUCUCGAUGGAGAGUGGGGACCUCGGAGAUGGUCCAUCGGCAUCGGCCACACCCGCCGAGGUUAGGGAGGGGGGUCGUGGUCCACGAGUAGCACGGCAUACAGACGCUACCUCCGAGCGGCUCGACAUACCGUACAAGGCGGUAGUGCAGGCCCGGCAGGAGCGGCCGUUGGUCGAGGCGUUUCUGCGGCGAUACGCCCGGGGUGAGGACGGUGCUUACCACAGGUAUCUAGACGGUGGCCAAGGGGACGAACCGUACCUGGUGGGCGGAAAAUAUCCUGGUGUGUACUACCGGCCGGUCAAGGUGUGUUUGAACUGUCACAUGGUGUACACUCUUCUGGACGAGGCACGCGCUCGAGCAUUGCGGACGGCGAGUCGUACCUGCUGUGCCGGCGGUGGAGACCGGCGCCACCCCCCCACCCCGAGACUCACCUUGGGUCAGCCUUCAUGCGACGGGAAGGGUGCUGGGAGCGUGCCAACGGCGAAGAUGUUGCUCACGAGAGCUGGCGAGAAUGAUAACAAGGACGGACGUGGGCACAAAGAAAGCCCCAUCGCAGCGGAGGAGAGUGUCCCCGCGGUCUCCGCGUCGAGUGAAGGCCACGAGCACUCCUCCUUGGCGGUGUCACUGUCAGAAGCCAGGCGGGCAAUGGAUGUCAUUUCUCAGGGCGACAUCUCUGAGCUGCGCUCGCUCGCGCGCCCCCCUUCCGCCGUUGUGCACGUAGUUUCAAUCGCCCUACUUUUGCUAGAAGGCAAGACUACCGAGAAAGCUGCGGCUGCGCCUGUCUCUUGGGCGAUAGCUAGAGCGGCGAUGUGCCGUGCAGAUCUUCUCCCGCGCCUGCGAGCGUUAGACCCGCGCGCGGUAGCCCCUCAGCAGUUGAGCUCGUUGGGUCCGGCUCUCGAACGAUCCAGCCUCGACCCGGCCGUCGUGCGCCCCCUGUGCAAUGCGGCGGGGAACCUCUGCUUGUGGGUUCUCGGCGUAUUUCAGGCGAACCGGUGGCUGACCGGGAGCGGUCAUUCGCGCACAAACGUCGUCCCAGUCGACGGCGACAUCAGACGUUGGGGGUAUGACCAUGUCAGGAAACACAGGGGCAUCGCUGUUGUUCAGCGGCAGCAGCCGUUCCCGAAACAGAAAUCUCCCAGGCGGACUAGGUGGGCGAGCUCUUCCCGCGCCCCGGCUGGGAGGAGACGGUGUCGAAUGGAGAAUCACGCGGUCAGGGCAGUGCCGAGCAACAACGGCAGAGGCGGCAGGGAAGCAGGAAGUUCAGUGUCCCCCGAGCGAACUUCCACCGUGGGCUUCGGGGCGUUUGGGCCCGCUACUGCCUCGCCAGAACUCGGCGGAGGAGCCAACUCUGGGUUUGGAGUGUCGAGCGACCGAGACGAUGCUGUAGGUGCUACUUCAGGAGCACCAGCGUCGUCCUCGGAUAAGCGAUCGCCGUGUCGCAGAAAGAAAAACCUGGGUGACCGAGUUGCGGCGCAGGCGUUUGCAUCCGGACGGUUGGCGAACGCAGGCCAGUGUGAUGCGCCAGAGGCUUCUUCGGGGAAGCACUUUGUUUGCUCGGACGGGAGGACACGCUUGCCGUACAGGGUGUGCGGGAACCCCGGGACGUCGUCAGGCAUCGCGGAGUCAUGCAACUUCGUCGUCGUGCACGACUUUUUCGACAACGUGGACAAGACUGAGGUGUUGUUCAGGCCAGUCACCCGCAAGCACCGCGGCUGCCGAGUGCUCGCGUUCAGCUACCCCGGUCAAGCCGGCACGGUGUUCAGGGUGCCACCGUCCAUGGUCGCCCUUGCGUCACCGGAGGGAAAUGCAACACGAUCGAACGGAGGCGGGGCACACGGGCUGGGUUCUUCGCAUAGUGGUGUCGGGAGUGGUGGUGGGGGUGAAAAAGUGAGGAAGGAAGUCCCGAACAACGCUUUUCUUGCUCCCAGGCUGCACGAACUCCUUCAGCACGUACACUCGGUCGGAGAGAUGAGUCUCACGGCACCGUUUCACCUGGUUGGCAUCGGGAACGGGAUGGCCACCGCCUCCGCGUUUGCACUCCGCUACGGCGACCAUCCUCUCUACCGUUCCAGCAUCCGGUCUGUCGUUAGCAUCAAUGGCUUCUCCUCGGUGGACUCGCAGCUCGCAGCUAUUCUGCACUCUUCGCUCAACGCCUUCGCCACCUUGCCGCCGGCAAGGCCGGACCUACCCGUCUCGUUCAUGUCUCGGUACAUUUUCAGCGACGACUACCUGCGAAAGGUGGGCAGGGACCUCGCCCUUGGAAUCUACACCGCCGUAGCCAAUCCGGUGUCCCUCGAGGGUCGGCACCUGUUGUGCAACUCAGCCCUCUUGCACGAGGACAUGUCAGCGGAGGUCGGAGCUCUCGGCGUACCGAUCGUCCUCCUCCAGUCCACCGAGGACAUGCUCGUUAACCCCGCAAACGUCGAUCCCUUUCUGCGUGGGAGGAGCAGCACUCACCAUUUCUGGAGUCACGAGUUUCGCGACGGCAGAAGUGGUGCCGGCAGCGACAGCGAGCUAACAUCUUCCGCCGCCGCAGCAGAAGCAGCGAGGGGGUCAUCCGUGUACGGGCGGAAGGGGCUAACGGACCUCCUGCGGGCGAUGUCCAGGCCCCGCGGCACGUUCGUGGCAUGGGUUCGGGCGGGGCACGAGGUCUGCCAAGAGGGCAAGCGCGCCGUGAUCGACCUGCUGGACGUGCUGGCGAAGCCCACGCCAGCGUACACUGGCGUGGACGAGGUCGACGUGCUUCAGGGAGAGGCCGAGGGAGCGGCAACCCUCGGACUGUACCCGUCCGGCGAGUGGGUCGCAAGGGUGAACAAGCGGGGCGGCGGCCCAGCGAAUGCGGCCGAGGUAGCAACGUCCCGAACGGGCGAUUUCGACGACUCGGAGGGAGACGAUGCCGCAAUGUCGGCCGACCGCCGCAGGCGAGAAGAGAAAGAGCGGCUAGAUUGCGACGGAAUCGGUGAAGAAGUCGCCGAGCAAGAAGGAAGCGGUUUGCAGGCGGCCGCCUCGCCGUUCCCUAGAGACCUGUCGAUACCAACCCUGCCCGCGAGCGUCGCCCUUGGACAUCGUACCCCGAACACGAGCCCGAUCAAGAGAAGUCACGCCGCAACCUCGGGCGCCGUCAAUGCCGCCGGCCGUGGGAGGGGCGCCCACCACACGGUCGGGGGGCGGAGCGGUAGCAGCCGCAGGCAAGCGAGGAGUGUCGACGCGUUCGGGGUUGGCGACGACAAAGACGUCGAGCCGCACGAGGGGCGGCAAGCCCGUGGGCGAGGGAGAGGAAGAGACAGACGUGCCCUCGACGCCCGGGAAAGAGACUCUGGAGCGGUUGGAAGCCCCCUAGCAGCGGAGCACGGUUAUCGACGACGGCCGAAGGUGGUUUGGAAGGACAACACACCACAGGAGGCAGUCGAACAAGUGGCGCCGACGACCGCACCUUUUCUAACGAGGAGGGCUCACGGGGACGAGGACGAAAAAGGCGGAGCAGGAGAGAAGGGGUACUCCGCGUCGUACUUCCCAACGGCGGCCGUGCUAUACGACGGUGAACCAACAAACCGCCCGACCGCGCUCAGAGACAGAGAAGAUCCGUGGGACCUUCUGAGCAAUCCGCCGUCCCUUGAAUUCCCGCUGUCCGGCGAGCACCAGCGGGGCAAUCGUCGCUGGGUGGUCAACAAACCUCCCGCUGGCGAAAACGGUGGGCAAGGCGAGGUCUCGCCAACGUCGCCGACGUCGUCGCCGACAGCUGCAGCUACCGCAGGAGCCACGAGCUCAAUCGGCCAUGGUAGCGACUCUCCUCCCCUCGCAGACCUCCUUGAGGCCGAAGCUUCGCUGGAGGGCCGGCUGUGCGAGGCGCGGCGGCGAGCGGCCGAGAGGCUCGUCCGCGAGGAGGCCGACGCGGAGCGGCUCAUCGCCGGGAUAACCCGGGAGCAACAGGCGAGGGGCAGAGAAUUCGCCGAGGAGGACCGACAGAUGAUCGCCGACCUGGAGGCUCAGCUGGCGGCGGAGAGGCGCGCACGCGCGCCGGCUGACCUGCAGCGGGCGGUCGACGGUGUGGACGUCGACGAUGCGAUCGUGCGAGGAGGUUUGGUUGCAUCGAAGUCGCCGUCGUCGCCACCUACGUCUUCAGCAUCAACCCGCGGCCGGAAGGACAACUGCGACGGUGUAGCAGAGGGAGAGGCGGUAGGGGGUGUUGGCGGCGCGUUUGACGCUUCUUCUACGUCUCCUCCUUCUUCGUUUCCCGUCAGCGCGAUGCCGCCGCUUGACUACUCCCCGCUGGAUGACCUCCCCGAGCAGCUCCAACGAGCGACCGACGCGUACUCCCUCAUGGACGAUGCGGCCCGCGACGAGGCCGAGAUGCUCCGAAUACGCAAAGCGACGGGCGGCGGCGCGAUGAGCGUCGAGGAGUUCCAGAGGGAUCAAGCGGCGGCCGCCGCGGAGGCCGCCGCGUGGCGCCUGGGCACGAAGAAAGCCUUCCGGAAGCGCUCGAAGAGCGAGCUUGAGCGGGCUAGAGUAGAGGCGGCCCUGCGCUUCCAGCCGCUCGUGCGGGGAGUCCUCGGGCGCAAGCGCGCUCGGCAACUCCGGCUGCAGAGAGACGAGGAGCGGCAGCUCUCCGCCGCCGCCACGAAGGUCCAGGCGGUGGCCCGAGGCCACCUGGCGAAGGAGCACGCCCGCGCGGCUCGCGAGGCCGCCGUAGCCGAGCUAGUUCUCGGGGGGUCCGCCAUCCGCCUGCAGAGCGCGGGGAGGGGCAUGCUCGGCCGGCGGCGGGCCGCGCGGAGACGCAGACAGGUAAUGGCGGGGGCCAUCCAGAGGUGCUACCGCGGGCACCUCGGCAGGAGGAGCGCCGCGAACCAGCGAGCGCUGCUGGAAACUCUCCGGCGGAGGAACCUGGCGACGACCAGGAUUCAGGCGUGGUGGAGGUGCAAGCUUGCGAUGGACGGGUACGCAAGUGGCCGGGCGACGUCGAUCGCUGCCAUAGAGAUCCAGCGGUGCUACCGCGGGAUGAUCGGGCGGAAGAAGGCCUCGCGGAGGUUGGAGUGGGAGAAGUCGGAGCCCGGGCCGGAGAGGCUCAAGCUCGGCGUCCGUCUAAUCGAGGACUCCAAAAACGCCUUUGAAGCCCAGCGGAUGGAGAUCGCCGCCCUGCACACGGCAGAGGAGCGAGCGGCGAUCAGGACGAGCCGGAUACGGAAAGAGCUGGGCGCGAGUGAGAAGGAGCUGACGGCCCUCGAACGAGAGAUGCACGAGAUCGAUCAUAUCGAGGGUCAACUGUCCCAACUAAACCAUCAGCGCAACAUGGUGCAGCUAGGUCUGAUGCAAGCGGGUGAGACCAUGCCAGGGAUCGACACCCCCGCCCUGUCUGGAGGGGGGGCGGGUGGUAGUGGGGGCGUGGGCGGAGGGGUACGGAGCGGUGAUAACGUACGGGACGCAGCCGACAAGAAUCUCGGGUUUGCUAUCGAGAUGCAAAUUCAGGUCAAGCGCGCGGAGCGAGAGAAGAAGCGACAGGAGCUUGAGGUCGAUUUCAGGGGAGUCCGGCAGGAGGUGGACCUGAAGCGGCGCGAGUUAGACCGCGUUUCCGCCGCCAUAACCGAGAUAGAAAACACCCGCGAGCGCAAGACGGUCGAGUUCCGCCGCAUGCAGGCCAACUUGAUGGAACUUCUCCGGGAGCAGAAGCUGGAGCUCGACGCCGUCAAGGAAAAGGGAAUACAGCUCGAGGUUGCCACAGCCACGUCAGCGGCAGCGGCGAGCGCCACCGCCCAGCGGGCGAGGGACCACGAGGAGCGUUCCUCGGAGAUGUACUCGCAGACGGAGGAGCUCAUGAAGUUCCAGUUCAUGUCCAUGUCCCUCAGCUACUUUAGCAGCCUCAACAUGCUCAAGACCAUGCGGGACAUCAAUGCGGACACGACGACGGCGGCCGUCACUUCGAGCGCGGACGCAGCGGCGGCGGCGGCGGCCUCGGCAGCCGCCGCCAACAUUCCCGCCAUCAAGGCCGGCAAGAUCAUGGAGUCGGUCGCAGACGUGACCACCCAGGAGAUCGGUCGAAAGAACAAAGUUCUGCAGGAGAAGAUGGAGGCGCAGGAGGAGAUGGAAGAGGCAAACGCGCACCCCUUCCCGCCAGAGGUAAGGUUCUGGACGAAGGAGGACGUGGGCUUCUUCCUCACCACCCUGGGUUUGCGGCAGUACCGGGCGGCUUUCGAGGAGGCCGCGGUGGACGGCGAUUUCUUGCUGGCGCUGGAUGCUAACGACUGCGCGGACGUGCUCGGGGUGGAGCACGCGCUGCACUCCAAGAAAUUGUUCUUGGCGAUCGACAAGCUCCGGCCCCUAGGGGCGGAGGAGCGGAGGAAGAAGGCCGUCGUCGAGCGCGAGGAAUUUGCCGACCAGAACCGGGGGGACACCGCCCCCGACGUGGAGACGGUGUUUAGUCAGGUCCGCAACGGGCGGCUGAAGCGGGUCGAGGACUCCCUGGAGAAGGGGUUCUCGAUUGACACAACGGACGAGCACGGCAACACGGCUCUUCUGGUGGCGUGUCAGGCCGGGUUCGCGAAACAGUGGACUGGCGAUGCACUCAAGCCCGCCGAUGCCGUGUACCACAUACGCCAGCUUUGCGAGAUGCUGCUGCGGCGAGGGGCGGACGUGAACCACCGCAACGGCCGCGGGAACACCCCUCUGCACUACGCGAUGGCAUACGAUACCCAAGGUGUGCUGGGGGAGAUGCUCAUCUCCAGGGGCGGCGACGACACGGUCACGAACAGGGACGGCCUUUCCUGCUACGAUGGCCUCGGUGGCACUCCUCCGAGCGCUUAA